GCCGUAUCGCGUCGCGGUGCCUGGGGAAUGCUCCCCUCCCACUUUGCUCCCACCACCGCCGCAAACACCAAGCACCAAACACCACACGUCCCUCCGCAUCACCACCACCAACAACCCGCUUCAACCACCAGAACCAUGUCGUCCGCCGCCCUCUUCCGCCGUGCCGCCUUCGGCCAGGCCUCCGCCGCCCGCGCCUUCAGCACCUCGUCGCCGCGCGCCGUCGCCCGCAUCACCAUUGUCGGCAACCUCGCGGACACGCCCGAGCUCCACUCCACCAGCAACAACCGCGAGAUCAUCCGCUACGCCGUCGCCAGCAACCACGGCUCCCGCGAGAAUCGCAAGACCAGCUGGUUCCGCGUCACCAGCUUCGCCGAGGGCCCGACCCGAGACUUCCUCAUGAACCUGCCGAAGGGCGCCACCGUCUUCAUCGAGGGCGACUGCUCCACCAACACCUACACCGACGCCAACGGCAACACCCGCAGUGGCUUCAGCAUUGUUCAACGCAGCAUUGAGGUUCUCCGACGCCCCCAGCACACCGAGCACGCUGAGCACACCGAGCAGAGCCAGUAAAUAUGCAACUACGAGUUUUUAUCCGAGUAUGGGACCAGGUUCUCGUAGAGGAUCCUCCCGUCUGUUUGUUCUCUCCCCUCUGUGAUUAAUGUUUCUAUUGCUGGAUGUCUUGUAUGGUCAGAUGUAUGGUUAGGCUUGUACGCGAAUCGUCUAGGGAGAUGUAUGAUACCAUGACGCGAUAUAUCAAU